AUGAAUGAUUAAAUUAUAAUUUAAUUAGCUUUAAUAUUUUUGUGUUAACUACAUAACUAUAAAAAUGAAUACAUAAAUUCAUAUAUUUUUUACAAUCAAUUUUAUUAAAUAAUUAAAAUUUUUAGCAAAAAUAAUACAAUUAAUAGAAAAAAUAUCUAUUUUUAACUAAAUAUUCUCAUAUUUAAUAUUUUUGAAAUAGACUUUAUUGGUGUAAAUAAAUCCAAUCCUUUAGAUUAUUUAUUAGCAAUAUAUAAUAUAAAUUAAUUAUUUUUAGCAUUAAAUAAAAAAUUAUUUGCUUUAUAAAUAUAGAUAAAUAAGUUUUUGAAAAUAUGUUCACUUUUCAUAAUAAAAGAUUAGCUAGCUACUCUUAAAUAUUAACAAAAAACAAAUAUUCUAAUAUAAAAACUAAAGUCGCUCUUUGUUUCUUCAUAAUAUUUUAAUAAUUUGAUUAAUUUGUUAAAUUAAUAGGUAAAAGAAUAAUUAGUAAAAUAAGGUAGAUCUAAUGGAAUAAAUCAGCUAAAAUCAAUAGCAACACGAAAUGGUAAAGUUGAAGCUACUUCAGCAUAUCCAAAAUAGAUAGAAAAUUAGAUAGAUGUAUGCAGAUAAGGGUAUUUAAAUGCUUCAAAAACAAGAGUUGCUUAUUUCUGA